CACACGGCCGGUUAUUAAAUAUUAAUAUUAAUACAUUUCAACUACGAUUCGAAAUUCGAAUUUGAAACAAAUACUUUUUUUAAUUUUGUUUUUUAUAUUUUUGCAGUCAAGAUGUUUAAAUACGGAGUAUUGCUGCUCGCGCUAUACCUGUCUUCGGCGAGUGCCCUGCCGCCCUGCGUUUGUACCAGAGACUACCGCCCCGUCUGCGGAUCUAACGGCGAGACAUACUCCAACAAAUGCAUGUUAAAUUGCGCACAAGUAACCAACAGGGCACUCACGUUAAGGCAAUCUGGACCUUGCGAGUCUACAGAGCGACCCGUAUGCAUAUGCACUUUUGAAUACAAACCCGUCUGUGGUUCUGACGGAAAAACGUAUUCGAAUAUGUGUAAUUUGAACUGCGAAGCGUCAGUGCGAUUCGCUUACCAAGGAGAAUGCGCGGAGCCCGUACGAGUAGCUCAACUUCCACAGUGCACUUGCACGAAGGAAAAGCAACCUGUCUGCGGUUCUGACGGAGCUACAUACAGCAAUGAUUGUAUGCUGAACUGCGCUACACAAUUCAAUCCCUCACUGAGUAUCGCUCACUUCGGACCCUGCAGCAGCGACGUCAAAGUGGUCCCCGGUAAUGACGUCAUCCCUCCGUGCUCUUGUACCCGCGAACUGAAGCCCGUAUGUGGUUCAGAUGGCCGUACAUAUAACAACAUAUGUUUAAUGAAAUGCAGAGGUCAACAGACGACUGUAGCAAGAGAGGGCCCAUGUGAACAGUGAACUAAAGUAUGAUGCAAGUGUUUACGUUUGCGAUAGGUGCGAGACGAUUCUAGAAGCGCGAUUCGAAAGUCUGUUCUCUCUCGGAUGUUGCAAUAUUUUUGUGAUCUUUAUAUUUUAGUGUCGUGUGGACGGAUUGGGCAUAUUGGCUUAUGGCCUGCAAUUAUUUUUUUAUCGUUGUAAGCAUGCUGACGUCAUUCAUCGCUUUUAUUUUAGAUUUAUUCCAACGUCCAUGAACUUGUUUAUCUGUCUAUACUAUUUAUUAACGAGUUAUCUGUAGAGAUUAAGUUACGUAAUUUAAUAUUAAUUAUACUUCGAUAGGUAUUUGCUAUCACUUAAAAAUGUGUGAGAACAUAUAAAAU